AUGGUGGCUUGUCAUCAUUCUAGUUUUUUAGAAAAUGGUAUUCAUUUGCAACCUGCAUUAUUUCUUAUAUUUAGCAAUCAACAAAUUUCUAAAUAUUUCUCAUCAUUGCCACCACGAACUGAUAAUCGAUUAGAAAGCUUCAGGGAAAACCAGCUUGAAGCAAUUAAUGAGACACUAAAUGGAAAUGAUAUUCUUGUUCCGAUGCCAACUGUGUGGCAUAGAGGCAUUAGGUAUUAUCAUUCAGAUUUAGGAAAGGCAGAUAGAAUAAUUGUACAAAACGAGUGGCAAUCUGGAAAGUUGCAGAUUGUUGUUGCAACUGCUGCCUUUGACAUGGGGAUUGACAAACCUAUGUACGGCUUGUGA